AUGCCGAUAGGGAAAUUAGAGCCUUUCGAUUUGAACUCACAAAAGUGGCCGGCGUACAUACGCAGAGUGCGACAAUAUAUUGUGCUGAACGAAAUCAAAGCCGAGUUGCAUGUGCCCCUAUUGAUAACGGUCGUCGGCGAAGCUACAUACUCGCUUAUGUGCGAUUUAUCUUCGCCCGCACAUCCUGAGACCAAGACAUUCGACGCAUUAGUCAACCUCGUAACGCAACAUUUGGAACCACAACGCUCCGAGAUCGCCGAACGCCACGUGUUUCGUUUGAGACGGCAACGUGUUGGCGAGACACUCACGGAUUACCUGCAGAAUCUUAAACAUCUAGCCACUACGUGUAAUUUUGGGAAUAAUUUAACACUUUAUGUGAUUAAGAAUGGGAGUCGCCCACUUUUGGGCAGAGAAUGGAUUCGCGCUUUAAAUAUUAAACAAAUUAGUUUUAAUAAGAUACGAGAAGACUCGAUCGGGAACCGAUUGGCUACAGAAUUUCCAGAAGUGUUCACAAGUAAAUUAGGAACUUGUACAAAAACAAUUAAAUUAGAAUUAAGUGAUAAGUCGCCGGUGUACGUGCGCGCGCGGCCGGUGCCGCUGGCGUUGCGCGCGCGCGUCCAGGCCGAGCUCGAGCGGCUCGAGGCCGAAGGCACCAUCUAUCGGGUGGAAAACUCGGAAUAUGGCACUCCGAUUGUACCUGUGGUCAAGGAGAACGGCGAUAUUCGAAUCUGUGGGGAUUACAAAGUAACCAUUAAUCCGAAGUUAAAACGCGAAUUUUACCCACUUCCUCGCAUUGAAGAAUUGUUUGCGACCCUCAGUGGGGGUGAGGAAUAUAGCAAAAUAGAUUUAACACAUGCUUACGCACAGACAAUGUUAACGGAAGAUUCCCAGCCUUUUACUGCGAUUACAACCCACCUCGGCACGUUCGCAUAUCGUCGUACUCCAUAUGGCUUAUCUUGUAUCCCAGAAAAGUUUCAAAAAUUGAUGGAAGAAACCCUGAGAGGGGUGUCGAAUACCGUUGUAUUUUUGGAUGACAUCGCUAUCACCGGGGCGACUAGAGCAUUGCACCUAUGUAAUUUAAGAUUAGUCUUAGAAAGGUUAAAGGUCAUGGGAUUAACAGUUAAAAUGGAAAAGUGUACAUUCUUAAAAGAGAGUGUAAAAUAUUUAGGAUUUAUAAUUGAUAAAAAAGGCUUACAUCCUGACCCGAUGAAAGUGGACGCGAUCGCUCGCGCCCCGCGACCAAUGGACGUCACGCAGUUAAAAAGCUUCCUCGGUAUUUUAAAUUAUUAUGGUAAAUUUAUCCCUAACCUGAGUUUGAUGAUACAUCCCUUGCAUAAGCUUUUAAAAAAAGGAAAUACGUGGAAUUGGUCACCGGAGUGUGAGCACGCGUUUAAGGAUGCAAAAAAGGCAUUAACCAGUGACAGAGUACUAGCACACUAUGAAGAGGGGCGGCCGCUCGUGCUAUCGGUGGACAGCAGCGCGUACGGGGUGGGCGCCGUGCUGGCGCACAGCACACCGCAGGGCGAGCGGCCGGUCAGCUGCGCCUCGCGCACGCUCAACGAUGCGGAAAAGAAUUACAGUCAGUUAGACAAGGAAGCGCUCGCAAUAUUCUUUGGGGUAACGCGACAUCACCAUUAUUUAUUUGGUAGGAAAUUUACGUUGCGCACCGAUCAUCAACCCUUAAGCCACAUAUUAGGGCCCAAACAAGGCAUACCCCAAACAGCUGCGAGUCGCUUACAGCGCUGGGCGGUUCGGUUAGCUGCAUAUGAUUUUAAAGUUGAAUUUGUAAGAUCGAGUGAGAACGGACCGGCAGAUGCGCUGUCUCGUUUGCCUUUGUCUAGCGAGCGCCGCUGCACUACGCGGCCGCUAGGUUAUAUGAAUAUAGUUAUAGACAAUGUACCGGUUGAUUUCAGAGAUGUUAGUAAACACACAAAAGGAGAUGCAUUGUUAAGUAAGAUAUUGGGGUAUGUUAAGUUCGGUUGGCCGUUAAAAGCGAGUUGUGAGGAAGAAAAAUCUUAUUUUGAACGGAAAAAAGAUAUUGUAACUGAAUUAGACUGUCUUAUUUACAAAUAUAGAAUUAUUAUUCCACCAAAACUGCGUAAAAUGGUAUUAGAAGAAAUACAUGAAGGCCAUUUAGGGAUCAAUAAAAUGAAGAAUUUGUCACGUAAUUAUGUUUAUUGGCCUGGGUUGGAUUCUGAUUUAGAAACUGUUUGUCGUACAUGUGAAGCAUGUCGGGCGGUCCGCGACGCACCCCCUCACGCGGCUAUGCAUCCGUGGGAGUAUCCAUUGGUACCGUGGCAGCGGAUACACGCUGACUUUGGAGAAUAUGCUGAUAAACGGUACCUUAUAAUUGUCGAUGCACACUCGAAGUGGAUCGAAGUAAUAACAAUGACGCGAACGGAUGCACUGUCAACAAUUUCUGCUUUUAGGUCUAUAUUCGCCAGGUUUGGUCUACCUGCACUACUCGUGACUGAUAACGGCCCACCAUUUUUCUCUGAGGAAUUUAAAAACUUUUGUUUACAAAAUUGUAUAAGGCAUGUGACAUCGGCGCCUUACCGACCGCAAGGUAAUGGGGCCGCGGAAAACGCGGUAAAAACGAUUAAGAAAGCAAUCAAAAGGGCAGUACAUACAGGAGAAAAUGUUGAAAAGGCCUUAAGUGUAUUUUUGUUUUCUUAUCGCAACUGCGAGCAUGCAACUACAGGCGUCUCGCCUGCGGUACUUAUGUUGGGGAGACGGUUACGUAACCGCUUGGACGCGCUCCGUCCGGACCUAGCAACUGUCGUGCGAGCUGCUCAGCAGCGUCAGGUCACCAAUGCGAAAGGUAAUACCAGAGAAAUAAAUGUUGGUGAGCCUGUCCUAGUCCGAAACUAUUCGGCAAAAGGAAAUAAAUGGGAGCAGGGUACGGUUACAGCGAAGACAGGACCAGUUUCAUAUAAAGUAGGUUUAGACAAAGGGUUAGAAUGGCGUAGACAUCACAAUCAGUUAUUGCCUGUUAAAGAUAAGUCUCGUUUUUCACUGACCCAGACUAACAUUAACCCUUCGCGGGAGGAAGAGAAAACAGUAGAGGACUAUGCGGAAGAGUUUGAAGACGCAGCGGACGUAGGGAGUAGUGAGGACGGAAAUAAGGUACCCGAUAUAACUAUAAAACCCAGCGAAGUUAAUUCAAAGCCGGUCGAUUCAGAAUGUUCCACUCUCCCUGAACCCAAAGUGUCUGCCCGCGCACUGCGUGCCAUGAAACGGGCAAUUAAACAAUAA